UAAGUUUUGUAUAAUGUAUUGUGAAUUGUGAUAUUUAAUUCAUAUUUUAUAUUUUGUGUUGCUUCUACAGGUAUCAUCAGUUCAACGUUUAACGAAUUUUAAUUUUUAUAGUUAGCUAAUGUUAUUAUAAAUAUUAAAAACUAUAGAUGGACAUGUUGAAUUAGCUACUUUUAAAAUUUAAACGAGGCAGAGGAGUUUUUAUGUUUAAGAACAAUCGAAUGCUAUUUAGUUAGUAUUGUUUUUAGAUACUGACGAAACAAAAUGUCUGAUGACGAUGACAAACCUCCAGCUCCUCCAGUUCGUCUUACAAGUAAUAGUUUUAGGGUAGCUCGGGGUGACUCUGUACAUAAUUUGGAUAUCAUGCGACCAUUACCAAAAGAACCAGAUUCUGAUCAUAAAAAGAAAACAGCUAAGAGCCGUGUGACUGGUAAGCUAAAAACACGAGGAAAUAAUUGUGAAGAUAAGCCAGAGAUCUCGUAUCCUACAAACUUUGAACAUACUAUGCAUGUCGGUUUUGAUGCCCAUACUGGAGAAUUCACUGGUAUGCCAGAAGCAUGGGCUCGUUUGUUGAUUACAUCCAAUAUUAGUAAACAAGAGCAAAAGAAGAAUCCUCAAGCAGUUCUUGAUGUUUUAAACUGGUUUGACAAUUCCAGUAAACAAUCCAAAACUUCCAAGUAUAUGACAACUACUACACAUAUCGUGCAAAAUAAUAUAACCCAUCCUCCAGAAGUAUUAGUGCGUGGUGCACAUAGUGGAGGUAGUUCAUCAUAUUCUGGGGUUAGUAGUAGCCAGCCAUCUUCUUCAACAGGCAGUACUAGUCCAUCACUUACUACCACUCCGACAACUGACGAACAAACAUCUCCUCCUCCACCAGUAGCUAUACGUCCUGAACGUACUAAAUCAGUGUAUACAAAACCAAUUGAAGAAGAUGAGCCCAGAUCAAUUACUCAAGAAGAACCUAAAGUUGUUUCUCCAGUUCCGUUGCAUAGACCUAGUCAAACUAAUGGAACUGCCCCAAUACUGGAUAAAAAUAAAAAUAAUACCACCAGUAAUAGUCGCAAAAAAAUUGCUGACAAUGAAAUAUUAGAGCAGUUAAAAACUAUUGUAACUGUAGGCGAUCCUAAUAGGAAAUACACCAAAAUGGAAAAAAUCGGGCAAGGAGCGUCCGGUACAGUGUACACUGCAAUUGAAACUUCAACUGGAAUGGAAGUUGCCAUAAAACAAAUGAAUUUAGGACAGCAACCAAAAAAAGAGCUUAUUAUUAAUGAAAUACUAGUCAUGCGAGAAAAUAAACAUGCAAAUGUUGUAAAUUAUUUGGAUAGUUAUCUAGUUCAGGAUGAACUUUGGGUUGUCAUGGAAUAUUUACCUGGUGGCAGUUUGACAGAUGUUGUUACAGAAACUUGUAUGGAUGAAGGUCAGAUUGCGUCUGUUUGUCGGGAAGUACUCCAAGCACUUCAAUUUUUACAUUUUAAUCAAGUUAUACACAGAGACAUUAAGUCUGAUAAUAUUUUACUUGGUCUGGAUGGUAGUGUAAAAUUGACUGACUUUGGUUUUUGCGCUCAAAUUUCACCAGAACAGUCUAAACGCACUACAAUGGUAGGAACACCUUAUUGGAUGGCUCCAGAAGUUGUUACACGUAAGCAGUAUGGACCUAAAGUUGACAUUUGGUCAUUGGGUAUAAUGGCAAUUGAAAUGAUUGAAGGAGAGCCGCCAUAUUUGAAUGAAAAUCCUUUAAGGGCAUUAUAUUUAAUAGCAACUAAUGGUAAACCAGAAAUAAAAGAGAAAGAAAAACUUACUCCCAUAUUUCAAGACUUUUUAGACCAGUGCCUUGAAGUAGAAGUUGAAGAUAGAGCUUCAGCUUCAGAACUUUUAAAACACCCAUUUUUAAAACUCUCUAGACCUUUAGCCAGCCUGACACCUUUGAUAAUGGCUGCAAAACAAGCUGCAAAAGGUCAUUGAUAUUGUUGAAUUGAAAAGUAUACAAUUGGUUGUCUGUUAAUAGAUCAGCCACCAUAUAACUCCAUAAAAACAAUGAAUCUGUCAGCUUCGUUGGCCAUAUAUUACUAUUUAUAAUUAUGUAACAAUUAUUAACAAUUAUUAUUAUUAUUAUUAUUAUUAUUAUUGAUAUUAUUAGUUAAAAUCAGAAAUAAUAUUUAAAUAUAUUCUGUUUUUUACAUAUCUACAGCCAUUGGUGCUUCUUCUUCUUCUCU